CUACAUCUUUCCAGAGCUGAACUAUGACUAAAGAAAAUGUUCAAGGAGCUGGCAAGGAGGAGCAGCAGGUCCAAUCAAAGAAAGCCCUGAAGAAACAGCAGAAGGAAGCAGAGAAAGUGGCGAAGAAGGCAGAGAAGCAGGCCAAGGUGGUUGCAUGCCAGGCGAGACAGCUCUGCCUCACAGCUGGCAUAUGGAAGGGCGGAGGAUCUAUUGUUUUGGAAUUCCUGUGCUUGUUCAUCUGUUUGUGUGACCAAACAAAGCAGCAUUUGAGCAAAAUCAAGGGAUAUUAGUGAUGUAAUACAACCAAGCAUGUAAAUUUGACGUCAUACCGACAAUAUUUCCCCAAUUUAUGAUACUCUGAAUAGUCUUUGUCAUUUCAGUCGCCUUAUAUUUCAAUAAAUAGUUUAAUAUGCUGUACUAUUUGGAAAUUUGUGGAAAGACAUAUUGCAGGGUUUCGUCAGUUGAGCAAUCGGCACCAGGGUACACAAACACAUGACAUAUUGGGCCUCAUCCAUUUUCUGCUUAAGUCUCAUAAAUGAGGCCCCUUGAAUGGACUGUACUUUAAACCCCAUAGCAUUGUUUUCGUUUGUGGUCACCAUGGCAAUACCUUGUUUUUAGUUUUUUUAAAUCAUGUGCUAUGGUAAUACCAUGGUAUGCUUUGAAGUACAUUGGAAUACUAUAAAUUGUAAUGCCAUAGUAUUUUAAUUCAGUAGUUCAGAACCAUGAUAUUAUCAUCUGAUACCAUCACUGACUACGUUUACAUGGAUGCCAGAAGGUAGCUUAUUGUGAGAAAGCGGCAUUUCCGUUUACAUGCCACAGUAUUUGAAUUCAGUAGUUCAGAACCAUGAUAUUAUCAUCUGAUGCCAUCACUGACUAGGUUUACAUGGACGCCAGAAGGUACAUGCACUGUAUAAACGGCAUAUUCUUUACUCCCGAAUACAUGUGGCUCAGUCGGUAAACAGCUUUCUCCACAGCCAUGUAAUUUCCCUGCAAUCCAUGUAUAAAUAACAAACAUGGCAUCCGAGGAAGACUUCGCUAUUUAUUCUCUGAUGCUUUGCUUUAUUUCCAAAACAGUUGUUGUUGUGUUUGUUUCCUUAACCUUCCAUCACGACCUGCAGCGGAAUAUCGCUGCAAUAGUGGGGUUUCCCUCUUAAAUCUCUGGGAUUCCCCCAAUGUAUGAGAGCAUAUACACAAGCAUCAUAGACAGUCGAUAUUUUUCACUGGUGUGUAUAAAUGGUUAUUGUUUAUAGUGUACUGUACUACCAGAAAUGUUAAAUUCUUCCCACUGUGUUGACUUGUUGGGCUCCAUCCUAUGACAUUUGUUAUCCGGUCUGUUCACUUGCACUCCUCAAUAUCCUGUAAGAACACCAUGCUGCGUAUGAAAAAGGCAGUGCUUGUUUAUAUGAUAUUUCAGAACAGCGCGUUCUGCAAAAACCCAGUUUUCUUAAGUGCAUGUAAACUUGGUCACUGUCCCACGAUGCCAUCACCGCUUGGGCUGUCACGAUUAUGAAAUUUGGCUGGCGAUUAAUUGUAAAACAAAUAAUUGCGAUUAUGAUGGUUAAUUGCCUGUUUUAGGGCUAUGACAAUUAAUUGUCUAUUUAAUGGCUUUCACAAUUAAUUGUCAUAUAAAUUGUCAUACCGUAAGAAGUUUUUUUGCUAUAUUUAACAUAAAAAUGGAAAGAUAAAAUAAUAAAAUAGAGAUAUUUGCUUUAAAAAAUUACGAGUGUCAUGAAAAAUAAUGUUUUAAUAUCAAAAUAUUUCUAAAUACUUUAUGUCUCUCUUUUUGGUCAACUUUAAUUUUGGUUGUUUUUUAAACUUAUGUAUUUUAAUAACAAAUACAAUUUCAUUUUAUUAUAUUUAGAUUAUAUGUUUUUAUAUUAUGCAGUAGUAAAAUAUUUCUGUCCUAAUUUUUGUCACUUUCACACAUUAUUUUAUUGCUUUUUGAUUAAACCCACAACUCCACAGAAACAGAGUAAGCGUGCGUCUCCUCCUCUGUCAUUGUGUCAUAAACACAGUGUUGGGGCUCGUGCUCAGAUAGGAGACAAAGGCCUACAUACAGUCAUAAAGCCUGACUGAGGCCUGUAGGAACACUCAAAGCCUGAUAAUACCGAAUCAGCUGCUAAAAUCAAACAGAGGGAGUCCAAACAGACUACAGAUCCCAUCAAGCCUUGCUCACUUUACACGUAGGUGUACACUCCUAUUGGAUGAAAUGCACGACAGAACAUGUCCCUCAACCAUGAUGUCAUCAAGAGUAUUAUACCCAGUAGAUUCCUCCUAAGCCUUGCUUCCAGCGAUAGUGUUCGCCGCUUCUAGUUGCAGCCCUGCUGCUCCCAGGUGUAGCCUCGCUGCCCAAGGAAGUAACGUACGUACCUGAACUUUGGCCAUACAAUCUCCAUCUUGCUGGACGAGCCGAGAUUCUCCUUGUUCCACCAAGCACGCUAAUGGAUCUGAAGGAGACCGCUGAGCAAUCCGCGUCACAACUUUUUGCCUGUAGAAGUGAAGAAAAAAGAUUUCUCUUCCUUCUUCAACCGAGUCGACUUCGCUGAUUUCUCCGCCAAGCUGCUGAGAAUCAGCCGCUGUACCGCCAGCCGGCAGAGCGAGGAAACGUCCUCCCAUCAUCACCCGAGAUUCGAGGAACCGAGUCGGAGUCAAACGAUGGACAAACACGCAUUCUACCCACGUCCUCACAUGACUCAAGCCGCAGAGCAGCAGGACGCUGAUGAGGAUGACUUUGCCAAGGAUCGCUAUGGGGUCUGUCCUAUGGUCCAAUCCCAGCAGAAACUGGACAGGGCGUUGGUGCGUGUCCAGGAGUUGACACCCGAGAAAGCAGAGCAGCAGAUUUGGGUGCGUGCCAGAAUUCACACAAGCAGAGCUAAAGGGAAGCAGUGCUUUUUGGUUCUGCGUCAUCAGCAGUUUACCGUGCAGGCCCUGAUCGCCGUGGGAGAUUGUGCGAGCAAGCAGAUGGUCAAGUUUGCAGCUAACCUCACUAAGGAGAGCAUCAUUGAUGUGGAGGCCGUGGUGAAGAAGGUGGACCAGAAGAUAGAGAGCUGCUCUCAGCAGGAUGUGGAGCUUCAUGUGGAGAGGAUCUUUGUGAUCAGCCAGUCUGAGGCCAGACUUCCUCUUCAGCUGGAAGAUGCUGUCAGGCCAGAGGGAGAGGGAGAUGAGGAAGGCAGAGCCACAGUCAACCAGGAUACCAGACUGGACAACCGGGUUAUUGAUUUGAGAACCACGACAAGCCAGGCCAUCUUCCGGCUGCAGUCGGGCAUAUGUCAGCUCUUCAGAGACACGCUCAUCAACAAGGGCUUUGUGGAGAUCCAGACCCCCAAAAUAAUCUCUGCCGCCAGUGAAGGUGGGGCCAACGUUUUCACCGUCUCCUACUUCAAAACCAGUGCAUACCUGGCCCAGUCCCCACAGCUCUACAAGCAGAUGUGCAUCUGUGCUGAUUUUGACAAAGUCUUCUGUGUCGGACCAGUGUUCAGGGCUGAGGAUUCCAACACUCAUCGGCACUUGACAGAAUUCGUGGGUCUGGAUAUUGAGAUGGCUUUCAACUACCAUUACCAUGAGGUCAUAGACUCCAUCACUGACACCAUGGUUCAAAUCUUUAAGGGACUCCGUCACCGGUUCCAGACAGAGAUCCAGACGGUGAAUAAGCAGUACCCCAGUGAGCCCUUCAAGUUCCUGGAGCCCACUCUGAGACUGGAGUACAGGGAGGGAGUGGCCAUGCUUAGAGCUGCUGGGGUAGAAAUGGGGGAUGAAGAUGAUUUGAGCACACCUAAUGAAAAACUGCUUGGUCGUCUUGUAAAGGAGAAGUAUGACACUGACUUUUAUGUGCUGGAUAAAUACCCCUUGGCAGUGAGACCGUUCUACACCAUGCCUGACCCCAACAACCCGAAAUACUCAAAUUCAUAUGACAUGUUCAUGAGAGGAGAGGAGAUCCUGUCUGGAGCUCAGAGAAUUCACGAUGCCCAGCUGCUGACUGAAAGGGCACAGCACCAUGCCAUUGAUCUGGAGAAGAUCAAGGCCUACAUUGAUUCAUUUCGGUAUGGUGCCCCUCCUCACGCUGGCGGUGGCAUAGGUCUGGAGAGAGUAAACAUGCUUUACCUUGGCCUGCAUAACAUACGUCAGACCUCCAUGUUCCCCCGUGACCCCAAACGCCUGACCCCAUAAAGUUUACAGUAGCUGGACGGCCUCUCUUCUCCCCUACUGACCGACACUGUAGAACCUCUCGGACACCCAACCAGCCAUCAGUGACCAGGACGUGCCAGGAUGUGGAAGUGCCACAAUGAUUAAGAAAUUAAGCCACUUUUAUAAUACUUUUAACCAGUGUAUGAUACAGUAGGACUUUAGGGAAAACUAAUGUACUUUAACUGCAGAAGGGAAUCGGUGUUUACUGUUGAGUGAUACAGAUGAUUUUUUCACAGAUCAAAGCAAAUGGUAAUAUUGAAAUCUUACUUGUACGUCCAGCUUUUUUCUACUGAUCUAUGUUCCUUAACACACUGUUUUUGAGAAGUAAUUGUAAAAUUCUAAUAAAUAAUUUUAAAAUGCAUAUCCACUGUACAUCCACAAUAAAUGUAAAUUGUCUA